CGCAUUGGCCAAUUGCCCGACAGUCGACGCCCGAAAAUGAAGGCCCAAACAAUUGCUAACAUGCUGAGUGCGGUGGUGCUGGUGGUUCUGGUGGGUCAGGCGGUGGGGAACACGGUGACCUCCUGCCACAGUUGCGAGGGAGCUAAUUGCCAAAGGGUUCAACUGAGUAAAACGCAGCCCUGUGUGGAUUCCUUGGACUAUUGCGUGACCAUCUACGAUGAAGCCAAGGUCCUGUUCAAGGGUUGCUCCCUGGAAAUCCCCUAUGAGUUGCGUUCAAAGUGCAAUGAUAAUCGCUCUUGCUACAAGUGCAAUACGAAGGAGUGCAAUAAUGUGGGGUCGGCCAAAUAUGCCUGCAUUCAGUGUGAUUCCAGCAAGGACUCCAAUUGCGCUUCGAAUGCAGCUCUAUUGGAGGCGACCCGCUGUACUGCCCCCACUGCUGCAAACUCGUAUUGCUAUGUGAAAUCCUCGGGUGGAUCCAUUACAAGGGGUUGCUCCACCACCGAGACCGACCAGCAGAGCUGUCUGAAUGAUGCCAACUGCCUGUUGUGCUCGUCUGGAGACAUUAGAAACUGCAAUGCUGCCAAUAUCGCCGAAGGCAGCUCUAAUGUUGGAAAUCGAUUCAUUCGAUUCCUCAGAUAACUAAUACAAUUUCUAUAGAAUCAAAAUAAAAUUAUAAAAUAUUACAAAUA